GGACGGUUGUGAGGAGUGACGAAGAAAGUCAAGGCAGAAUCGCGGAAGUGAUUUUCCACAGCAUUUCCCAUCGUGAUUGGUGAGGACGUUGAAGUGUGUGAAGGUGAGAAAGUGAUCCAGCAGCAAUUGAAAGACAGUUUGUAGGAUCAGGAUUACCAUCGGAAAUUGACGAUUUUAAUGGGUUUCGUGAUCGGAUUUGAGUAAAGAUUUGUGGGCAACGCCGAUUGGCAUGUGGUCAUGUCCGAUGUGGAGCAUCCGCCAGUGUCCGACGAACCAGACGAUCUGGACGAGCCUCAGUCGUCUGGCCGGUGCGCCGGGCUCGCGUUCCGCCUCCUCUUCUCAGCCCCCGGAUUGGUGCUCCUCGUGGCUGGCUACUCGGUGAUGGGGGCGCUCAUAUUCCCGCUGCUCGAGGCGCCCACCGCCCAGAAUGCCGUCGUGGCGUCCAUCAGCAAGAGCCGCGAGGACUGCCUGCGCGAGCUGUGGACCAUUACAGAGCGCCUCAAUGUUCUGUACGAGCGCAACUGGACGCUCCUUGUGCACGAGCAACUGCGUCGUUUUGAGGGCUCUAUCGUGGCGGCGACAAAGGGUGGACUUGCAGAGGCCCUGGCCACGGAUCAUCGCUUCGGUGCACCCAAAUGGUCCUUCACUGAGGCCCUCAUCUAUUCCAUCACCGUCAUCACCACCAUCGGCCAUGGCAAUCUGACGCCUCGAACGUCAGAGGGCAAGAUUGUGACGAUGGUUUAUGCACUUGUUGGAGUGCCCCUGAUGCUGCUGUGCCUCUCGAGCCUGGGCGGGCGUCUGGCCGAGGCUCUGCAGUGUGUCUACAUGAGGCUGUGCCCUUCGCGUGACCCCGGCAAUCGACAAUGCAGAGAGAAGAGCCCUGGUGAGCAUCCGAUGGACCAGGUGGAUUCUAAUUCACAUCGCUACGACGCCCUCCAGAGGCACAAGGAUAAUUCCAUGUACGAAGAAUCCUGCCGUCUGAUAAGGAAUUCACCCACAAAGGCGCUCAACAGCACGCCACAGUCGUCGCCCAUGAAGAGCUUCCAAGGCGCGCAGCCGGCGCCUCAGUAUCCGCCAGGCGGCGGCAACUCGGUGGUCUUCUUCCCGGCCGGCGCCAUCCAGUGCCAGUCGCACUUCGGUGGAGGCGCCCAGGUGCCGGUGAAGUACCACGGCAUGAUGCAGAUCCACCAGACCACUCACUUUGGCGCCCAGAAUGCCACUCCAACGCUCCACACGGCCACAGUUCACGGACUCGGAAGGAGUAAGUUUGUGCCGAAACCACUGCCACAGGAGAUAAAUAUGUUGCUGGCGGAGUGCGACAUUAACUAUCCACAGUCAGGGGCUGAAGGCUCCCCGCAGAAGCACCCCAACGGCCGCAUGGAGACUGUGGAGGAGGACGACGACGAGGAGGCGAAGAGUGGCUGCCCUCACGACACUCCCUCGCGGGUGCCUCUGAUCGGAGGCUCCAGGACGGCUGGCAGUCGACUGGCGGGAGAUGGCAGCAUCCUGGCGACACCUCAGACGCCCGUCGACGAGGCUGACGAGACGCCACCGCCGCCGCAAGUGCCGCUGCUCCUCAUCCUCGUCAUCCUAGCGAGCUACGUGGCCGUCGGCACGGCCAUCUUCUCCCUGUGGGAGAACUGGAGCCUCGUCGACGGCGCCUAUUUCUGCUUCGUCACGCUGUCCACCAUUGGCUUCGGCGAUCUCGUGCCGCGCCACACGCUGGCCGGACCCGAGCUGCAGCUGGUCGCGUGCUGCGCCUAUCUCAUGCUGGGCCUCGUGCUCGUGGCCAUGAGCUUCAGCCUGGUGGAGAGUCAGCUCAUGUGGCGCUGCCGACGCGUGGCGGUGCGCCUGAAGCUCGCGCACGACUAAUCCGGGCGAUGGAGAGUAUUUGUACCCCCCUUUUUAUAUGCCAUUUAUCAGACUGCUCAAUCUCCUGUGAAUCGUGAAAUUGCUUGAAGUGGAAAUAAAGUGGACAAGAGUCAUAUCAA